CUUGAAUAUCGCCUGUUCUUACUUGACAAACUACCACUUCCACCUUAUUGCAGCAGCGUUCUGCUAUAACUGGUAAUGCAUACCAGUAAUCAAUCGUCCACACCACGUGGGACACCCUCUCGUCGGGGAAGAUCCCCUCGCGUAUCUUCGCCUGGUCCAAUUCAGCCUUCGUCUUCCUCUAUGCCGUCUCAUGCCAGCGGUUCUUCACCUUCCUUUUUCUCCUGCCUUAGUAUUCCUGUAGAGGGCGCAAUUCCUAUCGAAGAUCUCGAAGACAACAGUCCUACUGCCAAACCAAUGUCGUCCGCCACCGAUUCGCAACGGGCACCUCGCAAGUCCAAAACCGAAGCAAUGAAUGCACUCAAUGCACAUGCAAAGUCGACAAUCAUUGACAUUGACGAAACUCAACCUUUGGCGGUUUUGGCUGAGAGAUAUGAGAACUCCCCUCCCAUCCCAGUCUCUCCUUUCCUAGACUUAUCUUCGGUGAAGACGCCCAAGACCGAGAGGCAACCUCCUGUUCGAGCCCAAGAGCCUCGUCCAUUUGGGCUGGAGGAUUGUCCGGAAUAUCAUCCUACUGUGGAGGAAUUCAAGGAUCCGAUGGCUUACAUUAAGUCCAUCUCGAACAAAGCACGAGAACAUGGAAUUUGUAAGAUUAUACCACCAGACGGCUGGAAAAUGCCCUUCGUAACCGAUACAGAGCGCUUUCGAUUCAAAACUCGAGUACAACGGCUUAACUCGAUCGAAGCGUCGUCGCGAGCGAAAGUGAACUUCCUCGAACAGCUCUAUCGGUUUCACAAGCAACAGGGCAACCCUCGUAUCGUCGUCCCUACUGUCAAUCAUAAACCUUUGGACUUGUGGCUAUUGCGGAAGGAGGUCCAAAAGCAAGGCGGUUACGAAGCUGUCAACAAGGCUAAGAAAUGGCUUGAAAUGGCUCGCAUGCUCGGGUAUAGAGGGGCUCCAGGGCUCGCCACGCAGCUAAAGAAUUCUUACGCUCGGAUAAUACUUCCAUAUGAAGACUUUUGUGAACGAGGCAAGAAUCUUCCAACGACUCCUCCUCGACCCCCGCAGAAGAAGUCUAACACCGGGACACCGAGCAAACUUGGUCGCCUGAGUGUAUCCGCCUCCAACCCAGCGGAAAACAGUGCACCAUCGAGUCCGCUGACUACCACGUCAAGCCCACUGUCUGAACCUCCGGAUGAAGGUGACAGUAAGGAGCAAUCGACGGCGAGACUCCGACGAAGUACCAGGCAAGCUUCGCAAGAUCGCAAUAGUCCCAAAAAGGUCCCUCUCCCGACUCCAGCGUUGACCCCACCGGUCUUCAAUGAUAAGGACAAGCCUGCCAUGGAGCAACAUUGCGAGAUCUGCGGCAAGAUGAACUACGGGGAAAAGAUGCUCCUAUGCGAUGGUUGUGAUUGUGGAUUCCAUAUGUUCUGCCUCAACCCACCUCUCAACGAAAUACCCAAUGAGCAAUGGUUCUGUUACACCUGUCUUUCUGGUACUGGCGGUGACUACGGAUUUGAUGAGGGCGAGGAACACAGCCUCUCCAGCUUUCAAGCGCGAGAUCUGGAAUUCCGUCGACUGUGGUUCAAGACACACCCUCCGCCCCUUCGUCCCGAUAGAAUGGACGUUGAUGUUGACCCCCGCACAUGCAAUAAGUUUGACAAUAUCAUUGUCACGGAGAAUGACGUUGAGAAUGAAUUUUGGCGAUUGGUCCAGUCGCCGGACGACACGGUCGAGAUCGAGUAUGGGGCCGAUGUUCAUUCUACGACUCACGGAAGUGCAAUGCCCACGUUGGAGACACAUCCCCUUGAUCCCUAUUCUAAAGAUCCCUGGAAUUUGAACAACAUUCCCGUUCUAUCCGACUCUCUUCUACGAUUCAUUAAAUCCGACAUAUCUGGCAUGACAGUCCCCUGGACUUACGUCGGGAUGGCGUUUUCUACAUUCUGUUGGCAUAAUGAGGACCAUUAUACAUAUAGUGUCAACUUUAUGCACUGGGGAGAAACGAAGACAUGGUACGGAAUACCAGGAGACGACGCGGAGAAGUUCGAGGCUGCAAUCAGAUACGAAGCACCGGAUCUCUUCGAGGCUCAGCCAGAUUUACUUUUCCAGCUAGUGACAUUGAUGAAUCCGAAGCGUCUUAUUGACGCAGGCGUACGCGUCUCCGCCUGUAACCAACGCGCUGGAGAAUUAGUUUUGACUUUCCCAAAGGCUUACCAUGCUGGGUUCAACCAUGGCCUAAACUUUAAUGAGGCGGUCAACUUCGCGUUGCCGGAAUGGCUUUCCUAUGGUCGCGACUGUGUACAGCGAUAUCGGGCAUUCAGAAAGCUCCCAGUGUUUUCGCACGAUGAGUUAUUGAUCACCAUCACUCAACAAUCUCCGUCAAUCAAGACUGCAUUGUGGCUCACUGAAAGUCUACAAGAGAUGACGGAUCGAGAAAUGGACAACCGAAGAAAAGCUCGCGCUUUAUUGAUGCGGGAGACGUUAGAGGAACAGGACCGCCCCGAAGAUCAAUACCAAUGCGCGAUUUGCAAAGUCUUCUGCUACCUCUCUCAGAUCACAUGUCCUUGCUCUACUAAGGUCGUCUGCGUCGAGCAUGCGGACCUUCUCUGUACCCGACCGAAGGAGCAGCACCUUGCUCUGAGGAAGCGUUUCUCAGACGAAGAACUGUUGGAUAUUCAAGUGAAGGUUGCGGAACGAGCACAGAUCCCUACUCUAUGGAAAGCCAAAUUGCACAAGCUGUUGAUGGAGAGCCCGAGGCCGGCUUUACGUCAACUCCGCGCACUCCUUUCAGAGGGCGAACGUAUCCACAUCCACUAUAGCCUUCCCGAGUUCUACACUCUCAGGAAGUGUGUCAAUAGAGCCAAUGAGUGGGUAGAGGCAGCCAACUCUUUCACACGAAAGCAGCCGAGUCGGAAACGUUCUCGUCGGUCUGUCAAAGGUCGUCCGAACGACUUGGACGAAGGGAACGAGAAACCGGAGAAGACUCUUUCUGAUCUCUAUGGACUUCUUAGAGAAGUCGAGCGACUUGGCUUUGACUGUCCCGAGAUUGCCAACCUUCGAAGUCUUGGGCAACAAGCCGAGCGAGCCAUCACCCGGGCGACUGCUCUGCUAGAUCCUGCCGCUAUACAGGCAGAUAAUGACAAGUAUCUCGUUGACUGUAACUCUCUUAUCGUAGAGUGCUCGUCUUUGAACCUUUUACUCCACGAAGUCUCUGAAGUGGAGAAGGUUGUUGAUAGAGAGCAGUUACUCAGCGAGCUGCGGGAUAAGAUCGGCGACGGAUACAACGCUACCUUGGACGAAGUCCGCCAGUAUUUGGCACGUGGUAGGGCAUGCAAUCUUCCCUUGGAACAUGAGUAUAUGCGCUGGCUCGAAAACGGUGAGCGUGCAGGAGGUGAUUGGGAAACCACCGCUAGAUCCUUACUCGCGAAACCGGUGAAGACGAUCGAGGAAUUGGACGAGUUCAUGAACCCCCCUGCCGACACGCCUAUUGAUCCUGUACUCUCCGAACGCAUCGACGCGAUUCGUUGUAAAGGAAAGGAGUUUGAGAAGAUAGCGAACACAUGGUUGGUCCAUCAUCAGGAAGACGCGAAGCCUAGGCCACAAGAAGUCUUGAAGGUAGCCAGUCGUGCAGAGAAGGAGUUCAACAUAGAUGCUAUGAUGCGGAUCAAGGGCAUUGCAUUAGUUGCAACCGAGCUCGAAAUGCGUUGUGAACAAGUUCUGAAGGGUACUUACCGUCUACGGCCAAACGAGAAUGUGUUCAGCUCUAUCAAGGACUGGAGGGACUACGCGAACGAACACCUCAAGCUCUUUUCACUUCCGACUUUCGAGAAACUGGAAGUACAACUGAACUCUCACAAUCAGUGGCAACGUAGUCUACCAUGGUGGUGUAACAAGCACGAUGCACCACAUGUCAAGCCUGUUAUGGACGACGUGCUCAGCUGUACUCGUCCCGAGGAUGAUCGCCCUCCGGAUGAUGAGUACUUCACAUGUAUAUGUAAUGCACCUGUGAAGCCUCCUCCACCGGGAGUCGUAUCAGACGCAGUCCAGUGUGAUCAUUGUUAUGCUCGAUUCCACGGCGAAUGUGCCAAGAAUGGUGGUUCAUGCCCUUUCUGUGACCAUCAUCACUGGAAUGGAGAUAUACCCAAGGAACGUAGCUGGCAUUUUUGCUAUCUUCCGCAACUUCUUGUUAUGGCACCAGAGAUCACGAAGCGCUAUUCGCAAGACUGGAAGGAUUUGGAAACCAUUGUUGUAAAAGUCGAUAGACUUUCACAGGUCAUCGGCCACUUCCUUGCAUAUCAGUCUCGAGAAGAAAACCAGAGAUCUGCAUACAUUCACCAAGUUCGCCAUUACAUGCGCAAACUGUACAAGCUACAGUUUGUUGUUUCCCCUACAUUCGAGAUUUCUUUCGGUCUCGACCUAGCGAGUUUGCAUCGUAUGCUUGCACAACGUCCUCCCAAAACGAAGAAGAAACGAGCUAAGGUCACUUUCGGACAAGAUAUCGAUCCUGUGUGGGCUGAUGGUACGCGCUGCAUAUGCAGAGGCCGUUCUCCUUAUCUAGUGAACUAUCCCACUGUGGCUUGCGAAGGUUGCGAGCGUCUCUAUCAUGCAGCUUGCGUAUUUUUCCCCAUGGAUUCUCUGCCAGAUGUCAGGCGGAAAUACCAGUGCCCGCUUUGUUGUCUACGCAAGAAUAAAGUGUACAGAUAUUCUGAUGUCAGAGUUCAACCCUCAAGUACAGAGGGACGCCAUCCUGAUAUCUAUGUCAACUGGACGGAAAUGUUGGAGGCUUCUAGCCGGGAUAUCAUAUACAUGACACUGCCUAAACCUUACCGGGAAACACUCUUUGUUGAACUGGUGCGAUAUAUUCCUGCGUCGGAUGGAACUACUAGUAGUCCAUCAUCAACACCUGGGCCCAAUGACCGCAAUCACACCCAUCGCAACGCUAGCACGGUGAAUCUGUCCGUUAUUCCUCAGCAUAGUAUCUAUGAUAAUCCUCGUCAUGCCCCUGUUCCUCCCCCUCCUUGGUCAAGGUGGAGUGCGGCCGCAGCGUCCGAUAUGGCUUCUUCAACUAGUAACCGACGGUUCGACGAGCCUCCGAGGAAAAGACAACGGCACGAAAACGAGAGGUCAACGCCUGACGAUCACCCUCCAAUGGCGAGCCUACUACAUGAACCACUGUCGCAUCGCACAACCCUUCCACCUGCAUCCUCGAUUGCUGAACAGCAUCCAGUAUCCUCUUUUCACCGUCCUUCACCUCACAAUAACCAGUCACUCUCUCCAUCUCUUGCGAGGCUAAUGUCACCCGUAGAUCAACCAUCUCCCCAUCCUACUUAUGCCACUUCACCGACGACCCGGAAUGGAAGUAGUCAUGAUCCCCUUCGCCACUCCCCUUCGAUGAGAAAUGGGAUAGAGGUUCGAGGUUCUCCACCUAUGCGUGGGUUGGGGGAUAGUCCGAAGCUCAUGCGAAACAAAAUCGACACACCUACUUUGCCUCCGAUACGUGACGCCUUAAAUGCCUCUCCACGAAUACGAAACGGAGGUCUUGAGCUCACCAGUUAUGGUACGAGAAACGCCGUCGAUCUCUACAGUCCGAAUGGUCAUACAAACGGCCAUUCGAUGGGGAGGCCUUAGGUGAACUUGGCGCAAUGUUUUCGUAAAUUUUUUAAUUGGAUAAGGGAAUUUUUUUUCGGUUGAAGUAGUCAUCAAUCUUAGUUUGCAACAUGCGAACGUUGUCAGUCAUGCCCGCAAUGAGAUGGCGUGGUAUUCACUACACC